CUUUCAACUUUUGAUCAAAAAUGUUUUACAAUAAUAAACUCACAAUAAAUUUCUUUAAAUAUCGAAGGAAAAUAAAUGAAAGCUUGUUUGCUAUUUUAAAUCACCAAAGAUGGAGUUGUUCCCAAACUCAGUCGGAUGCGAAAACGAAAAAUUCCGUUUUGAAGGUGCUAUUUUUUGGUACCGAUGCGUUUUCGUUACCAAGCCUACAAGCGCUACACAACAAUUAUUACGAUCAAACAGGAAUAAACGCCUUGGGCGUAGUGACAUCUUUUAAAAAUCCAGCAAAUUGUGUUCGUAACUACGCAGAACAAAAAGGGCUAAUCCUGCACAGAUGGCCAGUGACACCGGAAGCUUGUGAGGGAUAUGAUUUAGGUGUUGUAGUGUCUUUCGGACACUUAAUACCAGAAAAGAUAAUCAAAGCAUUUCCAAGCGGUAUGAUUAAUGUACAUGCCAGUUUACUGCCCCGAUGGCGUGGCGCCGCCCCAAUUAUUUAUGCCAUCAUGCAUGGGGACAAACAAACCGGUGUAUCUAUUAUGAAAAUAGAACCAAAACACUUUGAUGUCGGCGAUAUCUUAGCACAGCGCGAGGUAGCCAUACGAGAUGACAUUCUCAUGCCGGAACUACAUACUCAACUAGCGCAAGAGGGUGCAGAUUUACUUGUCAACACUUUACAACAUUUCCCAAAUAGUGUAAAAACCGCCGUAAAACAGAAUAAUGAGCUUGCAACAUUUGCUCCUAAAAUAAUCCCUUCUAUUACAAAAGUAAAUUGGACUGAAAUCAAAGCCGAACAAUUGUAUCGGCGAUUUCGUGCGUUAUUCGGUUUCAAACAUCUAAACACCAGAUUUCAAGAUAAAAAUGUUCAAUUGAUUGAUAUUCAGCUUCCAGAAAGUCAAAUAAUACCUGCAUUUCUAGCAAAUAAAAGUUGUGGCGCCUUCUCAUACGACAGACACAGGCGAUGCCUUUUGGUGCGCUGCUCUGGGCUUACACUUAUCGAAGUACAUCAGUUGCGAGUCGAAGGAAAGAAGGCAAUGACUGCAGUGGAGUUUAAUAAUGGAUUCAUCAAACAAAGCAAUUCAUCUUCCAAAGAACUUUUGUUUACAAGUAAAUAAAGUUUAUUUAACGGAUAACUAUCCAUUAC